UAGUUGAAUCGCAGCGGGAGACACUCUGUCAGCGCUGGCCAAUGAGAAGCAGAAGAAUCUUCUUUUGGCAGCUCCCCGAUUCCCCUCGUUCCAUGUACUCUCCUGGGCGAAAGACGCACGCAUGCGCAACAGCCACUCCUGCUGGUCGCGAGCGCAAAACGCACCCUCCUCGCUGCUGUUUCGCCCGCGAGGCGCAAUCUACCAAGCGACCAGACGCGUCCAUCGGAACAAGCAGCGAAAGCCGGGGGAGGCGGCGAUACCAGCAGGACCAAACAGAAGCACCUUUCUCGCGCGCGGAUCUGCGACGCUGGCUGCUCAGCGGCAUCAGCGCUUACACCACAGCUCCCAUAAUCCCCGGAAGACGUGCUGGCUUGAAACGCGAAGCCGACUGGACGAAAAGCGGGGAGGGAGAGAAAACCCGCCCUCCAGCGUACGGAAGGAGGGCACGCUUCUGGGGAGGCCUUGCGCGCCACGGUGGGGCCGAUCAGCCUGAAAGUACAGGAUGGGAGGGCGGCCAGGAGCCUCGCUUACGAUGGUCAGCCGCGCAGGGCUUGUCCAAGACGUUGCGAUGUUUGGUCCCAGCCCCGAGAAUUGCUGCUUUCAGAAGCCCCGUCCUGUUCUUCUCCCGCGUAGCCUUGUUGGAAGGCGCUGCCUCUGGCUGCUGACCCUCCCCUGGGCCCGAAUAAGAUCCUCGAACCUUUUAGCUGGAGGUUUCCCAGUAAUCAGAUCAAUCAGUUUAUUACAGCCAUAAGGCCAGGCACAGUAACAUAUCCAACGGUAGGUUACGUACUUACAUACAUACAUACAGAACAGAAAAACAAUGAGUACAAUAAAAUCUAAGGAUG